AUGGAGGUCGCUUCAAAGUUUUCGCGCCUUCCUGCCUAUCGCCAGCACCCUAAUGGCCUUCCCAGCCUGCCGGGGCAGCUGUGCCUGAAUGCCGCCCUCCACCACAGGCCAAACAAGCAAGCAAAGGAAAAGCCGGUGGCAAGGGGCAUUGAUUUCCGCAUUGUGUCUUUCACAGUAGUGAAGGCCGGUAACCUGGACAGUGUAGCGUCAGAUAGAGGUGUGAGCCAUUGGACCGGCGCAGCGACGUCUGAGACUCCAGGGGGAACACAACGGGAGGAAGAGGGAACGCCAGUGACAUCACACGACCGUGUUGUGACGUCUGAGGUUUCAGGGGGAGCUGAGCAAGGGACCAGGCAGCCGGAGAUCAGAAUCCUGGCAGUGGAGCCCCUCGGGCCAGGGACUUGGUUUCCAGGGGGUCCUGGAGGCUGUGCUUCAGGUUCAGUUCCUCCCGGCUUUCCACCCUCUGCCCAUUCUCAGGGCCUCUGGAGGGGCAGCAUUCACGCAUCGGCUCAGCCACCGCCAUCAUAUAAUCAGGUAAUCAGAGAGAUUACACAUGAGCAGGUUUCUACGACAACUACCAAUGCUGCCUCUCAGUCUUCAGCUGUGACUGUCUCAACACAGACUGAUGAUGGUGCCGAGAGCUCAGCCUCGGGAAGUGAUGUAGCUAGCCAGGCAGCUCAGAUUGAGUCUGUUCCUGCUGCUGUGAGAAGACUGCCCAAACCCCCAAGGCCAUCUGUGCUGCCAUCAACUAUUAAACCAGCCUCUCUCCUCAUAUCGAGAGAAUCUCCCCUCAUUUCCACUGAGCCUCUGUUAGUUCCCAGUAAACAUCUCCUUGUUCCUGUAUCCUCGACUUUUCCUAGCAAGUGUCCGGUUGUCCACACAAACACUGUCUCUCAGCCUCUGGUUGUCCCCACUGAGUCUGCUGUUGUCCUCGUUGAGCCUGUCUUAGUAGUAGAUCCAGCAGCCAAGGAGGGUGUGAUAAUAAAACGGCCAGUACCAAAGCCUCGAUUGAUGACCAGCUUGAAACCUCAAGCCAAAGAAGCACAAAUUGAGACAUUGGUGGAACUUAAAAAAGAAGAUGAUGAUGAAAAUAGUAAGGUUUUGCCUAACAGCAUAGAAAAAUCCACUGCUACUUAUCUGCAGGAACUUUUAGAGGCUUUUUAUCCAGAGGAGCAAAGUGAUACAAACAGUAUGAAUACUUACAGCAGCCAAAGAAAUAUCCGUGCUAAAAUACAGGCCUUUGAGUCUCAAACCAGCACAGACAUAAACAAUGAGGAGCUUUCAAAGAGACCAGAAAUACCACUCCGCACGCUAGUUCAAAAGCCCCCUGUGGCAGCCGGUAGACCAUCUUUAGCCCCCAAACCUGCUAAUAGAGGAUCAGGGGAAUUGAACACAUUGACAGAAUCGAAACCUGAUCUUGCCAUCAAGGAUGGCCCAGUUUGUGUACCACCAAAGCUGCAGGGAACACAAGUGCCUUUUGGUGGUAAACCAGAACCUCCAAAAAAACCUGUAUCCAUUUUUAUGAGUGCAAUAAAUAAUGGGAAUGACUUGGGGGGCAAGUCAGGUUCAAGCAUUGUAAAAAAACUUCAGAACGAAAAAAAGAAAACGCCGGUCCCAGUCCCAAGACCAAAGUUAACCAAAAUAAAUGUCUGCCUGGAAAAUACAAACUUGAUUGAACAGGCAGUGGUGCCAGCUCCUCGACCCUCUGUAUUUGAAAGGGUUAAAGCCUUUGGAGCCCCAGAUGAGAAGCCGGAAGUCAGUCACUCCACUCCUCCAGUGCAGCUGGCGAAUUCAGGCCUUGACUUCAACAGCUUCAAUAACCGAACCACACCGGCAGUGGUUUCAUCUCUGAGGUCUUCUAUUUCUGAAAGGGCUAAAGCCUUUGGGGCCCCAGAUGAGAAGCAUGAAGUCAGUCACUCCACUCCUCCACUGCAGCUGGCGAAUUCAGGUUUUGACUUCAAUAAUUUCAAUAAUCAAAUCACACCAGCGUUAAUUAGCUGGAACAGUGAAGAGAACAAGAGAUCAGAAGACAUGACUGCCCCCAUCGAUGAGGUUUGCCAGGCCCCUCCCCCCCUCCCUGCUUAUGGUCCUGUGGGCGGCUUCACCAGGUCCAAACCCAAGAAACCCACCAUGGCCUCAAGAGCGGCAGAACUGGAAUCUGGGAUUUCAGAUGGGGGAGGAAGGUUAUUGGCCCAGCCACUUAUGCCAGUUAGACCCAGGGAAGCAAAGGUCCUUCCAGUCCGGCCCCCUCCAGUUAAGGGGGGUCCCAAAAGGCCUCCACCUCCCAAGGUUUUGGCUCAGCCCCCAUUUCUCUGCCGCUCCUCCUCUGUGGCUGGACUCCACUCUGCAGGGUCCAAGCAUCCACAGAGCAUGGUGUUACCAAAAAAGGGACCUGUGCUUCCUUCCAGACCUGGCCCGGGCCACCCCCUCUAUAACAACUAUACACUUGCAAUACCCCAUGGAAUCGCAGAAUGUGACUAUAUAUCUAGGACCCCAGGAGAGCUGUCUUUCCAGAAGAAUGAGGUCCUGGUGCUGUUACAGAAGAUCGACAGCAAUACUUACGAGUGCCAAGGAGGAGAUGAGAAGGGAAAAGUACUCCAGUCUCGCAUGAAAUUAAUCACUCCGCUGAGUACAGACACAGGCAACAUGGGACCACUUAAGAAGUCAUUUAGUUCUGGCAGACUAGAUGGAGACACCAGUGGUCUUCGAGGCAGAGUACUACAUGACUUCACCGCAGAACACUCAGAUGAGCUGAUGCUGAGGGCUGGGGACACUGUGACCCAGCUGGAGAAAGUGGACGCAGAUUGGUACCACGGGACAUGUCGGGGCCGCAGUGGGAUAUUCCCUGUGGACUUCGUUGAGGUUGAAGUGGAUGUUCCAGCAGCAUCCAAUGGAAAGAAAGCCAGUCCUUCCCCUGCCUCCAUCAGUGGUCCAAGAUGUGUAGCCCGGUUUGAUUUCGAAGGGGAGCAUGCAGACGAGCUGACCUUCUUCGAAGGUGAUGUGAUUAAACUGAAGGAGUUAGUGGGCGAGGAGUGGGCCCGGGGAGAAGUGAACGGUCAGACUGGAAUUUUCCCCCUGAACUUUGUUGAAAUUAUGGAGGCCCUACCCCCUCCCCCCUCUCAACAACAUCUGGGCCAGAAUAGACUCCCUAUUUCAGAAAUAAAUCAAACCAGUUUUGGAGAAAUAAAACGAACACCACACUUUGGCAUAUCAUUCAAGGCCAAAUCAGAAAUUGCUAGAUCCGGCCAGAGUGGCUCAGGAUGCAAAUAUAGCCUUCAGUGGUGUGAAGCGCUGUACGACUUUGCAGGCCAGACAAAUGAAGACCUGUCUUUCCUCAAGGGGGAUCGGAUACUGAUCACUGAGAAAGUCGACUCAGAGUGGUACAGAGGGAGGCUAAACGGCAAAGAGGGGAUCUUCCCAGCUGUCUUUGUCGAAGGGCCUGUAGAGAGAGCCGUCGGAGUGAAUCCUCAGCUUGGCAGAAGUAAAAUGGGAAAGGCUAAAGCAUUGUUUGACUUUGUUUCGGAGAGUGAAGAGGAGCUGUCUUUCAGGACCGGGGAUGUGAUUACAGCGCUGGAGUUAGUAGACGCUGAAUGGUUCUGUGGAGAGCUGCACGGUAAAUGUGGCCUGUUCCCCAAAAACUAUGUCCAGGUGCUGGAAGAACCAUGAAAGUGCACUCAAACAUUUGCUUUAAGGAGUCUGGAACUUUUUUUAAUAUUUGAAGAGUUUGGUUUCAGUUGACCUGCCCUUAUACAUGGCUCUCUGAAACACUAUGUAACACAAUUUUUGUUCCUGGGUAGUAAGUGUUAUUUCCUAAUUGCUUAUGCCUCAAAAGUAUAGAA